AUGGCUGUGGAGGCCGUCCCUAGUCGAACAAGAACACUCUUGUUUCUAGUUAUUUUCAUGGUCAUCACAGCCAUACUUCUACUCUCAAUGUCAAACUCAACAACAGUGUCUUCGGGGAAAGAAGGUAAAAACCGAAAACAAGAGGAAGACAACGACGACCGUAAUCUGGUUCGCUGCCUGAGGCACCUCUUCGGUCCAUUGCCUCCACCACCAAAGGAUGAAAUUGGGCGUACACUUGCAAGUAUGGACCAUGUACUGUGCAGAGAAACGAUUCAUGACAUUGGUUAUGAUAUUAGGGCAUCAGGCAAAAUACCACAUUAUCUUAUUGAAGAAGCUUCCACAAUUCAAGAACAAUGA